GAGAUUAAUAAUUUAUACUAUAUAAGAAUGGCCAAAUUUUUUAACUCUGUGCUUUGUUUUCUUCUCAUUAUUUCAGUUGCAUUGGCGAUUAAUCAAGUGAAUGCACAAUCGAGAUGUACCGAAAUUUUGAAUCCAAAUGGAUGUGUUCUUUAUGACUGUAAAAAGGAAUGCUUUCAGAAACGCAAUGGAAAUGGACUUUGCUCAAGUGCUGGUCUUGGUCAAUAUGUUUGUACUUGUGUUUACAAUUGUAGCCUUGAUGAAUUAAAUUCUCAUAAUUAAUGUUGAUGUAAUUUUGAUUCAAAUAAAUAAAUGAUUUGUGAAU